GGUUGAACCGCACAGGCGUAAUCUGUUUAUCUCUUGUUGACCUGGCAAAGUUUCAAUGAACUCUGGCAAUUCAAUUCGCCGAAAAUUGACAUGAUGCAAGAGCGUUCCCGAAAGGUAAAUUCGCUAGUUUGAAGCGCACAGACGUAAUUUGUUAUUUCUUGUUGAACUGACAAAGCUCCAAUGGACUCUGGCAAUAACAUUUUACCAGAUCGUGUUUCAUGGAGCAUACGCUAUUGGUGUGUUUUAUCUCAAAGAGGAGCGCAUGUAACCUAACUUUUCAAGAGGUUUAAAAUUAAUGAUCAGAUAUAUCAUUGUCCAUGUGUGAAAACUCCCUCAAAAUGACGUAUUUGCGAUUUUACGUCGUCAUCGCUGUCGUCUUGCUAUGUGGUCUCGCUCAACAUGUACCCGAGACUCACAGCACAGGGCUGAUUCAAGAACCGGAUGAUCCGUUGCUGAUGAUAUCUACUCUCAGUGGAUCAUUUAUUGGUAUAGGUCAACGAUCCGGGAAGAUACGUUGGCGUCAAGAUGAUGAACCAGCUGUCAAGGUGCCAGUCGAUGUCUCUGAAACAGUUGUGCCGAUGUUCUUGCCAGAUCCAAAGGAUGGCUCUCUUUAUGUAUUUGCAGCUGAAUCAGAGGCAGUAAAAAAGCUGCCGUUCACAAUUCCACAGCUGGUUGCAAGUAGUCCGUGUCGUAGUAGCGAUGGGAUACUGUACACAGGACGAAAAACCGACACAUGGUUCAGCAUAGAUCCUCACACUGGUGAAAGGGAACAUCUGCUUGGUUUCGACAAAGUGGAAUCCACAUGUCCUGUUAAGGUUCAAGAUGCGGUGUUUGUCGGCAGAACGGAGUACAACAUUAUGAUGGUCGACAGCAAACAGAAGGACAGAAAGUGGAAUGUUACUUUUUACGAUUACUCUGCGUCAAAAAUGAAGCCUGAAGGCACAGAUAAUUAUGAACUCAUUCACUUCAGUACAAGUUCUACCGGCCGAAUAGUGACUUUAGAUCGACGACUCGGAGUCGCGUUAUGGGAGCUGGAUUUAGAGAGUCCGGUAGUUGCUGCUUACACUGUUAGUGACGAUGGCUUAGUAUCCGUACCAUUCACAAGUGUUGCUGACGGAACCUUGGACCACCUUUUAAAGAGAUUUAAAGCACGGCCCGGUGAUGUUCAGCUUUAUCCAACACUCUACGUGGGUGAACAUAGACAUGGAUUAUAUGCUUUGCCAUCCUUGGUUGAUUCCAUGAGUGCAACAAUAACCACGAAGGCUGGUCACCUUCUGAUAGAAGGACCGCUGAUGUUGCCACCAGAUUCAGACAGCGAAGAUGGUUCCUUACCGGAAAAACACAUUCCAGUAGCUCAUAUUUCAGAUUCGGAUAAUGACUCUCAUAGCAUUCCAGGACAGAAAGGCGUAAUUGUAUUAGGUCACUACCAAAUACCUCCUGAAUAUCAAGUUCAAAAUCAACCGCUGCAGAUCACAGGUCGUUCAGAUCCUGUUAUUCAAACCACUCCACCAAGUCUUAAUGUUACGAGAAAACAGGUGGUCGCUGUUCAAACUGAGAAUGACGUUAACAGUACUGCUGAAUACAAAGAUAUGCGAAAGACUGUUCGGACGGUCUACAAUGCCACAAAACUUUGGCUCAAUCAACAAGAGAAUAAAGGACUCAAACUCGCCUUGAUCAUACUGAUGGGGUCCCUGGUGGCUAUGUUUUGGUAUUUCAAUGCACAAUUUAAGGAAUUCCAACAAUUGUCUCAGGGUUCACGAGAAAACAGCCGAACGAGCAGUAAUGGCAAAAGUGUAUAUACCGCAAUACCCGAAGAUGUUGGAGAGGGGUUAGUCAGAAUAGGAAAAAUCACAUUCAACACCGAAGAAAUUUUGGGCAAGGGAUGCGAAGGUACAUUUGUUUACAAGGGGGAAUUCGACGGUCGCUCAGUAGCUGUAAAACGAUUGUUGCCAGAGUGUUUCACAUUCGCUGAUCGUGAAGUAGCUUUGCUGAGAGAAUCGGAUGCUCAUCCAAAUGUUGUUCGAUAUUUUUGCACUGAACAGGACAGGAUGUUCCGAUAUAUUGCAUUGGAGUUAGCUGAAGCAACUCUACAAGAUUACGUUGCUGGACGAUACAAUGUUGAUAAAAUAUCUGCUAAGGAUAUCCUGAGACAAGCCACCGCAGGUCUUGCUCAUCUCCAUUUCUUGGAUAUAGUUCACAGAGAUAUUAAGCCCCACAAUGUACUGCUCUCUGUCCCUGGACCUCGCGGAGAAGUCAGAGCCAUGAUAUCUGACUUUGGACUUUGCAAAAAACUUCAGCUUGGUCGUAUGUCUUUUUCGCGAAGGUCGGGAGUGACGGGAACUGAUGGAUGGAUCGCACCCGAGAUGCUUAUUGGAGAGAGGACUACUUGCGCAGUUGAUAUAUUCUCACUCGGAUGUGUCUUCUACUAUGUUUUGUCGGGCGGAAAGCAUCCUUUCGGCGAUCCAUUAAGGAGACAAGCAAAUAUUUUAUGUGGAGACAGCAAUCUUUCAGUUCUUCAAGGGAUAUCUGCAAGCGAUCGUGAAUUAGCUUUGAUUUUAAUCAGAGCGAUGAUUGCUGGUACACCUGCUGAUCGCCCACCAGCUAUUGCCAUUCACCAACAUCCCAUAUUUUGGAGCGCUGCACAGAUACUUGGUUUUUUCCAGGAUGUCAGCGAUAGGGUAGAAAAAGAUGACCCAGACAGUCCAGCUCUGCUUGCCUUAGAGUCUGGAGCAUCUGCUGUUGUGCAGGAAGAUUGGCGCUUACACAUAGACGUCGAAGUUGCUACCGAUCUUCGAAAAUAUCGAAGUUAUCGUGGAGAGAGUGUCAGGGAUUUGUUAAGAGCACUUCGAAACAAGAAACAUCAUUAUCGAGAAUUGACACCGCAGGCUCAACUAAGUUUGGGACAAAUUCCGGAUAAAUUUACAGCCUAUUGGUUGACUAGAUUUCCAGCUUUAUUAAAUCACGCUUGGUGUGCGAUGCAGGGUUGUCGUGAUGAUCCUAGCUUAAGGCAGUACUAUGAUCCCAAGUUUCAAUUUCCUUUUGAGGUCGAUAGCAUAGACGUUUCACAGAAGUUAGAAAAGUCGACUGUUCCGCCAUGGAGAAUACGUGAUGCGGUCAAUUGGAGUCCAAAUCGUGGAAGAUAUAGGGGACAAAAAAAACGACAAGAACGACGAAAAGCGGAGGAACCUGUCCCCUGGACUUUGCCUCCGGCGAGUUAAGGUAAUAAGAAUUUUAGUGUUGUCUUGAUAGGAAUAGGAUUAUUAUUGCAAAGGUAAUUUUUCUAAGAUAUACUACUUGAUUUGAAAUAGAUUAUUCACACAGAAGAAAUGGUCUACUAUUGAACUCAAAAUUUAUUCAUCGAUAUUGUUGCUCAAUUUUUGGCUCUGAAGAAAAAAUGUGAACGGUUCAUAAUAAUAAUGACCAAUACACAAGGUCAUUUAUUUUCUAAGUACUAAAGUCCACUUUAGAAAGCAGUGCCAAAAUUUCAGUACUUAGAGUACAUAAAUACAUUGUAUUGUUGAAUGGCCUUAAGGAACUUCGAAUAGUAGACUACGCGUUUUUUCUAUUUCAAAGGUAGCCUUUUGAUCUACGAAUUCAUAAAUGACGUGAAUCGAAAAAUCUUAUAAUACAAACGUCAUAGAGCUCUGUUGAAGAGUUUCUAUUUUUUUGGGGGUUUCACUGAUGUUUAAAUACGUUUGAAGUAAGAAAUUAAUGCAGCAAAAUUUUGAAAAAGAAAACAUCCGUUCUCCAACAAUUGUUAGUUGACUACUAAUAGGGUGGGAAUCAAGGGUACUUAGUAACUCAGAAUCUGGAUAGAUGUCUGGGUUUGAGUAGAGUGUAUUUUUAUACCUGUGAUCGCUUUAUGUCUGUAGUGAAAAAUUAGGUAUCUGCUGAUAUAUGAACUGAGGGCUGUACAGUGCCACUUUUGAUUCCACAGACAUUGUGUAAGUACAUAUAACAGCAUGAAAUAAAGGUAGAAGACAGGAGAUAGUGAUUCAAAACAAUAAUGAAAUCUCAUUGAAAAAAAUUCUCUUUUUCAACUGUCAGAAGAACAGUAACACAAAGCAGUACGAAUAUUACCUCGUGCAACUGUUUCAAGUUUUUGAGUUUAGCAUUAAAAACGCCCUGAUACGCUCAACCAUGACAUGAUGUAAAAUUAUGUGCACGUCAUCAAACCGACAUUGUUUUUAUUUAUAUCACAUUUUAUAUCAAAAUUUUCAGUAAGGAAAAAAAAAUUCAAAUCAUGCCACUGUUUACACUAAAAGAAAUUGCUCCAAGAAUAUCUAAAAAAGUAUCAGUACUUUGAUUUGAUGUCUAUUUUGUGAUUACGGUACGUUGGGGUAGUCGAAAAAUUUUAAUGAAACAGAGUUUGCUUGAGAUUUUAUAGAUUGUUGAUUAAUUAUAAUUAUCCAAAUUACACAAUCGAUAAAAAGAUGUCUGGUUUGACAAAAUAAUAGUACUUUAGUGAUCUGUUGUGA